UCAUUAGCAUAUGCUGGCUAUGUUAAUUAAAUUUUUAAAGACAAUCGCCGUUGAAUACCAAAAUAAUAAAGAGUUUGACAUUUAGAUUCCGUUGGCUGUAAAUUUCAAAACAUUCAGAACAAAAUGAAAUGUCAUUGCGACAACACCGUGGAACUUUUUUGAAUUUCAUUCUUUUUCUACUAUGGAUAAUUAAUCAACGCAAUAAAAUAGAGGUAUCUGGUGACAAAAUUGAGAAAAGCGGGGAAAUUAAAAACAAUAGGAACUAUAUCUACCCUUGAAAGCAAUUUUUCGUUUUGAAUAUUCUGCUCAAAAAUGAGUUAAAAGUUGGUAGUUUCUUAGAAUGAAGUUGACCAAAAAUUUUAGAAAUGUAGGUUUGAAACUAUUGUGCAGAGCAGCCCCAUGGAACGAAUUCUGGGUAGUAAAUCAAAACAAAAAUGAGAGUUUUUCUAAUUCUGUGACCAUUGCGUUUUUUAUUGCCUUUGUAUGCUGAAAAUCUGUUACUCAAAUUUUAGUUAACGGUUUUUUCAUUUACAACUUCUUUAAGUAUGUUCGAGUUCCUCAAAUGUCUUUCCUCAAAUUGUUGCAAAGCAAAUUUAAUAAUUCAUUAAUAUGUACCUCCUUUACUCAGUAAAUUUUUAAAUUUUGUCUCGUAUCUUCAAUGCUCUCGUAUUUUCUCUUGAAUCAAAUUAUUCAUGUGUGGAGUGAAGCAUAUGUGAAUAUAUAUCUUCAAGCAUAUGUGAAUUGAUAUGUGGCUUCCUGAGAGCAACCGUUAGUUCUUAUUGUUCCCACCACUGAAAGUGAGGAGGAACUUUGUAUUCGGGUGUGUUUUAGUUUCUUUUUUUUCUAAAUGCUGGUGAUUGCAGGUACCGGAAGGACUACGAUGCACUAGAGAGGUACAGAGUGAGCACCAGUGACUUCACUGUCAUAUCCAUGCUGGGCAAGGGCGCAUUCGGACAGGUGAAGUUAGUACGUCACAAUGCGAGUGAGAAUGUGUAUGCGAUGAAGUGUAUUCUAAAGAGUGAGAUGCUCACUAGGCCAGAGGGUAUGAGCAGUUUCUGGGAGGAAAGAUUCAUCAUGGCAUUCGCUCGAAGUGACUGGAUUGUCAAAUGCCACUGGGCAUUCCAGGACACCCGAUACCUGUACAUGGUAAUGGACUACAUGCCAGGUGGUAAUCUAUUGUCUGGGAUCCUGGACAACGAGGAGUUGGUGACGGAUGAGAACCUCAUCUGCUUCUACACGGCAGAGAUGAUUCUGGCCAUAGAGGCACUGCAUAACAUGGGCUUCGCCCACAGGGACAUCAAACCCGACAACUGUCUAAUCGACACUAAAGGUCACUUGAAGGUGACAGAUUUCGGCACUGCAAUUCGCGUGGACGCCGACGGUCUCAUCCGCUGCAGCACAGCAGUCGGAACUCCAGACUAUAUCUCCCCCGAAGUACUGAAGAGCCAGUCCUCCAGUCGCAGUGUGUAUGGAAGAGAGUGUGACUGGUGGUCUCUGGGUGUGGUCAUUUUCGAGAUGAAGUACCAGGACACGCCCUUCUACGAUGACACUUUGGUGAAGACGUACUCGAGGAUUAAUAAUCACGUGGACAAGAUUGAUUUCCCACCCGACGAGGAGGGAUACGAACCUGCCUCACCCAAAAUCAUGGACCUCAUUGAGAAGUGUCUCAUCGCAGACCGGACGAAACGACUCGGACACAAUGGUGCUAGAGAGCUGAAAGCCCACUCAUUCUUCAGCAACAAACUAUGGACAUGGGAAAACAUCCACACAUACCCAGCUCCAUUUGACCCCAAAAUAGGCUCCGAAACAGACACGAAACACUUCAAGUACGACGCGCAAGAGGAUAACACAAAUAGGAUAUUCACGGGUGAUAUGGGGCAGUCCAAAAACCAGUUCAGCGCCGAACAAAUGCCCUUCAUAGGGUUCUCGUACUGCCCAGAAAUGUUCGCACGACUCACUUCGGGAAGUGGAAGCACAGAAACAGUCAUCAGUUUGCAGAAACAGCUCGACGAGGCGACGAAGCACUCGGAAAAGUAUCAGAAUAGUUACAACAAAGCAGAAAUGAGUCGAGCUAAAGUUGAAACAGAGUUCAACGAUUUGAAAAGAAAGUUGGCAAAAGUGGAGGUGGAAAAUGAAAGUUACAUGAAGAAGUUUGAAGACGUCUCUUCCAAUUUACAUAAAGCUAACGCAGAAAACUCAACUUACAAAAGUGAAAUAGACUCUCUGAGAAAUGAGAAUAAAAAAUUAAAAAGUGCAACUGGCGAUAAAUUGACAAAUUUGGAAGAGGAGAAAAAGAACUUAUCCGAGUCACUGCUUUCCGAGAAGAACAAAAACGCAGAAAGUUCUCGGAAAGUCGCCGAGAUGGAAAAACGAUUAAAGGACAUUCAGACUCGCUGGGAACGAGAAUGCGACGAAAACAAAAAUUUGAUCAGCGAUUUGCAGAACCGUCAAAAAGAGUUUGACACUGUUUACGGUGAGCUGAGCUCAAGUCAAGUCAAAGUGAAUUCAUUGGAAGAUACAGUCAAGUUCCAAAAAGACCAAAUAGCUUCAUUGACCAAAAGUGAAAGUGAUGCCAAAACUACUCUUGCCGAAAAGACAACAGAGCUUGCAGAGGUCAAAAGGUCUCAUGAGCAGCUAAGAGUGAUGCAUGAGCAAUCCAAAGAAAAGAUUCUAGAACUUACAGCUGAAAUUGAAGGUCUAACAGAGAACGCCAAAAGUUCAGCGAUGCAGGAAGAAAACGAUGAGAUUAAUGGUUUGAAAAAGCAGUUAGCUCAGGAAUUUGACGCAAAAAGAGCAUUGGUUGAGAAACUUCGUGGAAAAGAACAAGAACUAUACGAUGCCAAGUAUGAUUUAGACGCAAAUGAAGAGAUCAUUUCAGCAUUGAAAGUUAAGAGUUCCGAAAAUGAAAAACAAAUCGAAAAUUUAAGCGAGAAAUUCAAUGAAAUCAAGAUCGAAAAGAGCAAGUUGAAGGUAGAAAUGACUCAUAAAACAGCAGAAGUCGAGAGUUUGAAAACAAAGGAGUAUAAUUUGGGAAAAGAAAUUUCAGCUCUGAAGGAAAACAAGAGGUUUCUGGAGGCUGAAAAUGCGCGGUUGGAGCAAGAAUUGGAAUCGUCACGACAAACGGUCAAAGAUGUUAAUGAUGAGUGUGAAUCAUUACACAUGAAAAUGACUCUUUUGAGCAACAAGGUCGACGAUUUGAAAGAUGAUAAUGCUGAGAUCGAGAAGGAGCGAGAUGAAAUAACGGAGAAAGUUCAGGCUAAAGAAUUAGCUCUGAAGAAUUUGGAGGACAAAUUGACAGAAAAGGAGAAAAAGAUUUCAGAGAUGGACUCGAAAGUAAUGGAAUUGACGCAAAAAGUACACUUGGAGAAAAUAACCCACGAAGAGGAAAUUAACAAGAACAAGUUCAGUAUUGAUAAAAAGACGGAAGAAAUUGUAGAGUUGAGGAAUUUGGUGGAAAAUGGGAAAAGUGAAAUUAGCGACUUGAAUGGUAAAAUCAAGAGUCUAAAUGAAGAAAUCACUCAGUUGAACGAAAAGAUAAAGACUCUGCAAGGUGAUAAUGGAAGACUAUUGGAGGAAAGAAAACGAUUGAUUGAACAUUUUUCGAACUUCGUGAACAAAGGGGACUCUGCGGCUCAUUCGGGCGAUGGGGAUAAAUUAGCCCCGGCCAUUCCACCUUCAGACAAAGGCAAAGAGCACGUGACCGCAUUGAUUCGGGAGAAAAAGAAACUGGAAAUGGAAUUGGACAAUUACAAAAAGUAUUUGAAAAAGUACGAGACUGAAAUAGCAGGAGUGCGCCAUGAAAUAGACACACUGAAAGAUACGUAUGAAACAGUAGUCCAAGAGAACCAGGACUUGAAGGCAAACAUGCACAAAUUGAACGAAAGUAUACGAGACGGUCGAGGUCUUUCAAACGUCUCAGAUUCUAUCAUGGUUCCAAAGCUAGACGGAACCAUGAAGCUUGACGAAGUUCGCAGGGAAGGAAAAUUAGAAAUUCAACAAAGUCAACUGAUGUGUUUUGUCUCGGACAAAAAGGCGUCGAGCAAGAAAAGUCAGAAAUUCGUGGAGCAAUAUGCGGUGCUAGAAAGUAAACAGCUACUCUUUUACAAAUCAACCGAAGAUUAUAAAAUGCGCAAGACCUAUACCCAAGCUGUAGAUUUGACGCGACUUGUAUAUGUGCGAAAAGCGGCGCCUAGUGAACUUUUCCGAGAAAAGAAAGAAGAUGUUGAACAAAAAGUCUUUCAAAUUGUGUUCAGUCAAGAUGAAGGAAUAGUGCGUAAAAAAGACCCAGAAAUCAUAUUCGAAUGGCAUUCCCACCAGAUGCGAGACUUCACCGGAAAUGUGGCGAACUUAUCUUGUGACGCUUGCAACAAGCCCUUCAAAAACGCAACAUUCACCCUUCGUUCCACGUCUGUAGCAGUAAUAGAAUGCAAACACUGUGGUAAGAAAUACCACAAGGACAACUGGAAUGAAGAGAAAAUGCAGAUGCAUAAAUGCCCACUUGCCAAUAAAGCCAACGACAUUGUAAUGUAUAUCAAAGCCAGUAAUCCAGUAGAUAAACAAGAAUGGAUGAAGGAGUUAAAUAAGUUCUUGGCUAGUAUCCAGCGCAAGUCCGUCCUACCCCAGGGGGCCUCAAUGCGGGCCUCACACGUGGGCGCUUUUCCACUUUCUCUGUCAUCAUCACCGGGUUCCGGACUGACAAGUUUCAUGCUGGACUCAACUGCACCGAACACUGGAAGAAACAACUCGACCGCUUCAGGAUCCAACACCGAUGAGAAAGCUUUGUCGAGUAAUUCCGGUGAUUACAACAGUGCAGAUGACUAGGAUUCUAGAAGCACAUCUUUAAUAUGUGGAUGCUGUAAUAAUUCCAGAGUCAGUCAAUAAUGUCAAUGAGCAAAAAGUUCAGAAAACUGAAAGCUGUAAAUGGUCAUCUUCAUCUCUGACAUAUUAAAAUUUUGGUCUUAAUUAACUGAUUGAUAUCAUGCCAGGAAACAGUUAAUUAUUAAAUCCACAAAUUAAAGCUAAAUUAAUUAUACGUGCAUUGAAUGCAUAACUUCCAAUGUCUUCUACCAAAUUUUUAUUUGUUUGCUCUAACUGAUAAGUAUUGUUAGACAGUAUGCACACUUUUGGGGCGUUCGCCGUCAAAUAACCAAAGAACAGGACAAACAUCACGACUGAAAAGAUAUUAUCAUGAGAGUUAGUUUUUCUUUUAUCCAUUGUGUAAAACAGAACGCCUCUUUUCCCAUGGUUGCCUUCGUUUCGAAUUAUUUUGCCUUCUUUUCAAUAUUUUUGUGUGAUUUUCAUAUUCUUGGUCAUUUUGGCUAUAUAUUUUUGUUUGGAGAAAUCAAUGAAGAAGCUUUCAAAUUAUGUUAGCGAAAUCAAGACCUUUGUUUACAGUGUUUUGAUUUCCAAAAGAAGCGCAGGUUGCUACAGCGAAGAUUAAAUUGUGCCAUUUGAUAAUUGAUAAUCUCAAAUUCUGUUAAUCAUCGCUUUAAAAAUUUAUAAUAAUACAAUU